AUGACUCUUCUCCCUCCCGAGCAAUUGAGGUCCAUAGCCUCAACGCUGGCGCAAAGACUGGAUACAUUGCAGAUUGACUAUGCAAUCAUGGGCGGUGCUGCUGUCUGCCUUUUGACCCAUGACCCAAAUCGAAGGACAGAAGAUGUGGAUUUAGUGAUCCAUGUGGAUCAGCGCCAGAUUACAGCGGAUCGGCUAACCACCCAGCUUCUCACAUCAUUUCCAUCUGAUUUCGGUCCAGUUAACCAACUCUGCUUGCCGGGAGGCAAGGAGCAACUGGUGGAACUUGAGGUAUUUGAUUACCAAAGCUGGCCACAGCGGCCUCAGUACAAUCUCCAGACUGCUAGCCAAAGGACAUUGACUAUCAAUAGAUAUCCGGUCAAGAAAUUCAGUCCUCAAUGGAUUCUGCGGCCCAAAGCACAGACUGAUAUUCGUGAUCUGGAACGCUUGAUCAUUUUCGCUGUACCUGGCACGCCGGAACUCGACUUCAGUCAUAUUGAAAAGUUGAAAGCUGCAUUGGCAGAUCUACUGAAAAAUUGUCCAGGAAUGUGA